CCGUGUUUGAGUUCGGUAAAUUCAUCGGAUAAUUAGAAAACUAAGGAAAAUGACAUCAUAUGAUGAAAAGAAAAGUGAUGGACAGCUUCAAAUACAUUUAAUAACAAAACAAGCACAGUUUGCAGUUCCUGAUGUUCCAGUUUCUAUUCAAUCUAAUGUCACAUCUAAAGAACUUAACAAUUUGCUAAACACACUGCUAUGUGAAAAUACAGAAUUUACUGCAUCAAACAUCGAAUUUGAUUUUCUUGUUAAAAGUGAAUUUCUGAAGACAUCUUUAGGAAAACAUCUCAGAGAUCGAGAUGUAUCAUUCGAAGACAUUGUUGAGAUUGAAUAUGUCGAGAGAUUUCCUGCACCUGAGCCACAAGAUUGCUUGCUACAUGACGAUUGGGUAUCAGCAAUUCAAGCAAAUGGUGAAUGGAUUUUGACUGGAUCUUACGACAAUUCUGUGAAUGUUUGGAACAUGAAAGGUGAUCAUAAAUUAACUCUGAGUGGUCAUGAAGCACCAAUUAAAGGUGUCACAUGGAUCUCAGUAAACGAAGAUACUGGAAUGGCACUUUUUGCCAGCGGCUCUAAAGAUCAAACAAUUAUGAUUUGGGAGUGGAAUAUCGGAAGCAACAAAGCAAAUUGCAUCUACAUAUGUAAAGGACAUGAACGUGCUGUUGAAUGUGUGUCUGUAUCACCAAAUGGUAAACAAAUAGCUUCAGGUGGUUGGGAUAAUUUCCUUAAAAUUUGGUCUGCAACAACAUUAGAUGACAACUCAGAUGUUGUCGCAUCUAAUAAAAAACCAAAAACAGAAGAAGGCAAUAUCAGAACACCACAAAUGACAUUAGAAGGACAUCGUGAAGCUGUUUCAUCAUGCACGUGGAUUGAUAACUCAACAGUGUUAACAUCCUCAUGGGAUCACACAAUGAAGAUUUGGGACUUAAAUAUGCGAGCAAUCAAAAAUGAAGUUCCGGGAAAUAAAUCAUUCUUUGAUGCUAGCUAUUCGAAUCUGAAUGGAAUGAUUGUCGCUGCUUCUGCUGACAAGAACAUUCGUUUGUUUGAUCCGCGAUCGAAUCAAGGUGUGAUCGUUAAAAGCACUUUCUUCGGUCACAAUGCGUGGGUGCAAUCUGUUUGUUGGUCAAAAACAGAGGAAUUUUUAUUCAUAUCUGGAGCUUAUGAUAAUCAAGUUAAGCUUUGGGAUUAUCGUAGUCCAAAAGCGCCAUUGUUUGACUUAGUUGGACAUGAGGAUAAAGUUAUGGCUGUUGACUGGUCAAACCCAAAAUAUAUGUUGUCAGGCGGUGCUGACAAUACACUCAGAAUAUUUAAAUCUAAAAAAGUUUUAGAAGAAUAAAAACAAAUUUUACUUGAACUAAAUAAACGAAAUUUUAUUUUACUCCUAAAAAUUAUUAUCGUGCUGACUGUUAUGUUGUGACAAGCUCCUUGUCUGCUGGUGAUUUA